AUGGAAACUCCAUCGUCCGGCACAACAACCCCUGUUGAUUUGGAACACGGCGAUGACCAGAUUCGCAAACGGCUUACAGUCACCUUCCGCGAUCUUAACGUUCGAGUUACGGCACCCGAGGCUGCUUUAGGAAGCACUUUAUGGUCAGAGGUGGACCCGCGACAGAUUGGGGCACUGUUCAAGCGUGGCGCCCGCCCAAAGAGGACGAUCCUCAAAGAUGUUGUCGGUCAGGUCAAGCCUGGGGAAAUGCUUCUCGUGCUUGGGCGCCCAGGCUCUGGAUGCACUUCCCUACUCAGAGUCCUCUCCAAUGAUCGGGAUAGUUUUGAUGAAGUGACCGGCGAAGUCAACUACGGGAGCAUGGAUCACGAAGCUGCCAAAAGGUUCCACGACGUUCACUUCCCAACCCUAACUGUCAACCGUACAAUGAAAUUCGCCCUUCGAAACAAGGUUCCCAAUGAGCGCCCAGAGCACCUAAGGAACCGCAAGGACUUUGUGCAGAAUCAUCGUGAUGAGAUUCUGGACUCACUAGGAAUCGGACACACCAAGAAGAACCUAGUAGGAAACGAGUAUAUCCGAGGCGUGUCAGGAGGUGAACGUAAGCGCGUUUCUCUUGCUGAGGUCCUGGCUGGGCAAAGUCCAGUCCAGAUGUGGGACAAUCCCACUCGGGGAUUAGAUUCGAAAUCAGCUGUGGAAUUUGCUCGAAUGCUCAGACGCGAAGCGGAUCGAAACGACAAGACAAUCAUUACGACUACUUACCAAGCCGGAAACGGUAUUUAUGACCAGUUCGACAAGGUCCUUGUCCUAGCUGAAGGUCGUGUCACUUACUACGGCCCUCGCCGUAUCGCAAGGAAGUAUUUUGAAGACCUUGGAUUCAUCUGCCCCAAGGGCGCAAAUGUCGCGGACUUCCUGACAUCAGUCACUGUCGUUACGGAACGCACAGUCAGACCCGGGUGGGAAGAGAAGGUGCCCAAUACACCGGAAGACUUCGAAAUCUGCUAUCAAAACAGCUCAAUCUGCAAAGAUCAAAUAAAUUCUAUCGUGGACCCUCAGAAGCUGAGCUACGAAGCCGAAGACCUUAAGAUGGCAGUAUCUAGUGAAAAGCGCAAACAGCAUAUUCCUCGGAACAACAGUGUUUACACAGCCAAUCUCUGUGAUCAAAUUGCCGCUUGUGCUCUUCGUCAGUUUCAGGUUAUCUGGGGCGAUAAACUGUCGCUAUUUGUGAAAGUCGGGUCAGCUAUAAUACAGGCUCUAGUCUGUGGAAGUUUAUUCUAUAACUUGGCAGAAGAUUCGAGCUCAAUAUUCUUACGACCCGGUGUUUGCUUCUUUCCAGUGUUGUAUUUUCUCCUUGAAAGUCUGUCUGAAACGACUGCUUCUUUCAUGGGCCGGCCAAUUCUUUCUCGUCAGAAGCGAUUCGGAUUUUACCGACCUACGGCCUUCGCUAUUGCCAACGCCAUCACUGAUAUCCCAGUCGUGGUGUUCCAGGUGACCUGCUUCUCGCUCAUCCUUUACUUCAUGGCUUCUCUUCAAAUGAACGCAGGAAAGUUCUUCACAUUUUGGAUCAUUGUCAUUGCACAGACAUUGUGUUUUGUACAAUUAUUCCGAGCCGUUGGCGCUGUGUGCAAACAGUUUGGAAAUGCAUCUAAAGUAUCUGGCUUACUGUCCACCGUCUUCUUUGUCUAUGGAGGAUACCUUAUUCCUUUCCAUAAAAUGCAUGUGUGGUUCCGUUGGAUCUUCUACCUCAAUCCGGGAGCGUAUGCAUUCGAAGCGCUCAUGGCCAAUGAAUUUGUUGGACGCAAAUUCACUUGCAUAGAGCCCGACUAUCUUCCAUACGGCACCGGAUACUCCAGCUCAGUGUCUGUCCACCGUGGAUGUUCAGUCCUUGGAAGUGACGAUGAAGGUAUUAUUGAUGGGGCAAAAUACAUUCAAGAGCAAUACAGUUAUUCAGUGCAUCACAUCUGGAGAAGCUUUGGUAUUUUGAUUGGUUUUUGGUUUUUUUUCAUCUUUCUGACUUCUUGCGGGCUUGAACUCCGGAACAGCCAAAGUGGAUCAUCUGUUCUACUUUACAAGCGUGGCAGUGAGAAGACUCGUGGAAAGGAAGAAGGUGAGAAGCCAAAGGAGGCAGAUGCUGGCGCACUUUUAGGCUCGGUCAAGCAGUCAACCUUCACAUGGAAAGAUCUUGACUAUCAUGUACCUUUCCAUGGUGAGAAGAAACAGCUUCUGAGCAAGGUGUUUGGAUUUGUCCAACCUGGAAACCUGGUUGCCCUUAUGGGAGCUUCUGGAGCCGGAAAAACAACUUUGUUGGAUGUCCUUGCUCAGCGCAAGGAUAGCGGAGAAAUCUACGGAUCAGUCUUGAUUGACGGCCGCCCAGUCGGAAUCAGCUUCCAGCGAACUACUGGUUACUGUGAACAGAUGGAUGUACAUCUCGAAACAGCCACCGUCAAGGAGGCAUUGGACUUUUCGGCCGUCCUUCGCCAGCCAUCGACGGUUCCACACGAAGAAAAGAUCGCUUACGUCGAACACAUUAUCGACCUUCUGGAGCUGCGUGAUAUCAGCGAAGCCCUAAUCGGGGUACCCGGAGCUGGACUUAGCAUCGAACAGCGCAAACGCGUGACCCUGGGCGUUGAGCUUGUUGCUAAGCCCACACUGCUGUUUUUGGAUGAACCCACUUCCGGUCUUGAUGGGCAAAGUGCGUUCAACAUUGUGCGUUUCCUUCGCAAACUGGUCGAUGGCGGCCAAGCCGUGUUGUGUACAAUCCAUCAACCAUCUGCAGUAUUAUUCGACGCAUUUGACGGUCUUCUCUUACUAGCUAAGGGCGGAAAAAUGACAUAUUUCGGAGAAACUGGCAAGGAGUCAACCACGAUUUUGGACUACUUCGCCCGGAACGGAGCGCCAUGCCCCCUCGAUGCCAAUCCAGCAGAGCACAUUAUUGAUGUCGUUCAAGGCGGUGGUACUGCAGAAAAACAAGAUUGGAUCGAAAUCUGGAACCAGUCAGAAGAGCGCAAACAAGCGCUCUCAAAACUUGAUGCUCUCAACGAAAGCAGCAAAGAUGAUUCCGAAUAUGUUGAAGAUACUGCAGAUUUUGCGACCUCACACUGGUUCCAAUUCAAGACGGUUUCUAAGCGCCUCAGCAUUCAUAUCUGGCGUUCACCAGACUACAUGUGGAACAAGGUCUUUCUCCAUAUUUUUGCAGCACUUUUCAGUGGAUUCACCUUCUGGAAGAUUGGAAACGGCACUUUCUCCCUGCAGUUGAGACUGUUUGCCAUUUUCAACUUCAUCUUCGUCGCCCCAGGCUGUAUCAACCAAAUGCAGCCGUUCUUCUUGCAUAGUCGUGACAUUUUUGAGACCCGAGAGAAAAAGUCGAAAACCUAUCAUUGGAGCGCCUUCAUUGGAGCACAGACCCUGACGGAGAUUCCAUACCUUAUCAUUUGCGCCACACUAUAUUUUGCAUGCUGGUACUUCACAGCAGGGCUUCCGGUGGAGGCCAGUGUUUCCGGACAUGUCUAUCUUCAGAUGAUUUUCUAUGAGCUCCUAUACACAUCCAUUGGCCAGGCAAUUGCGGCCUAUGCACCGAACGAGUAUUUCGCGGCAGUGAUGAACCCCGUCCUGAUUGGUGCCGGCCUGGUCAGUUUCUGUGGCGUGGUGGUUCCUUACUCCCUUAUGCAGCCAUUUUGGCGUUACUGGAUUUACUACCUGGACCCUUUCCACUACUUGGUUGGUGGGCUAUUUGGCGAAGUGAUCUGGGAUGUCAAGGUCAAGUGCGAAGCAUCGGAAUUUGUGCAGUUCACCGCACCGUCUGGUCAGACCUGCGGCCAAUACAUGGCCAACUUCCUCGCCUCACAGACUGGUUACCUAGAUGAUGAGACCUCGACUGGGAUGUGUUCCUUCUGUCCGUAUUCGGAAGGUUCCGAUUAUGCGAAGUCGUUCAAUCUUCAAGAGAAAUACUAUUCGUGGAGAGAUACGGGUCUCACUGCCCUAUUUUGCAUCUCAUCUUACGCCUUGGUAUUUUUGAUGAUGAAGCUGAGGAGCAAGAAGACUAAGAGUGCUCGUUCUGAAUGA